AUGGCCGUCGCGAAAGUCCUCCUCCCCUCACUAAGCCUCUUUGCCUUGUACGCCAUCUUCUACUAUGCAGACAUAAACGGCCUCCGCGCACUAGGCGAGCAAUGUGUCGCAUCCAAAACCCUCCCAGGAACCAAUGAGCCCCUCCGCACAAUAUACACCGGCAUCGAGCCAAUCGACCACCUCCUGACCACCCUAACGGCCUUCUUCUGGCCAACAACAGAUGGCAGCAACCCAACGCUGUUCCUCCACUCAGUCGCCUUCUCUGGUACAUUUGGCUCAGCCUGGGUGCUCAUCACUCUUGAGGCAUGGCGACAGGGCAACGCAUGGACAAUCGCAGCAUUCCCCAUGAUCUUCGGCCUAGCAGCCCAAGUGCUCACCUUCGCCUUCGCAGCGCCGCUCUACUGCUUCUUCCACCUGGCCACCUCGCAAACAGCCAAGAACCCCACCCCGGACAGCCUCCGCAUCCCGCGGUUCAUCACCAACGCCCUGCCCCUCGUCUUCAUCGUGGGCUACAUGGUCCCCACGCAGCUCCUGGUCCUCCCAAUCUCAGAGCACAUCACAACCGACCUGAAACAGAUCUUCAUCGCCAUCUGGCAACCCUGGCCCGCCUACAUCUCCAUCCUCCUCACAGUCAUCUACGCCGUCUUCGCCCCCUUCACAUCCACACAUAGAACCCCAGCCAGCGAGCGCAAGAGCCUCAGUUCCCUGCGAUGGGUAUACGCCUUCGCAUUCGCGAACGCAGCGCUCACGCACCUCAUCUCCUGGACUAUCUCCCUGAGCUCGGUUUUCGUGCCUGGUAUCUUUAGCGGGGAGUUUGUGGACGCCCUGCACCCCGGAAAGGUGUUUGAGGUGCCGAUUCCGUGGGAGGAGCCUGUCCGCACUGUGGGGAGUGUCGGGGAGGGUGUGCAUGCGUUCCUGAGAUGGGAUUAUAUUAUUGGGUCGCUUGGGAUGCUGAUCUGGGCGGGCAGUUUGUAUGCCGCUGCGCAGAAGGGUGUGUAUGGGCGGGUUGGUUGCUUGGGGCUGUUUGCGAAGGCGGGCUUGCUGAGUGCGUUUGUGGGGCCUGUGGGCGCUGCUGUUGAGUUGAUGUGGGAGAGGGAGGAGUUGGUGCUUGCCAGGAGGGGGGUGACGGAGAGCCGGAAGAAGGAUUCUUAG